AGCGGGAGCCUGGAGAUACUUUCUGUAGCAAGUAACUAGCAAGCAGUGGUUUCGUUUCCAGUAUGGAUCUAGCGGUAUUUGAGCGGGAGAAUUCCCGAAGCCACCUCAUAAAUUCUCCAGUGCCAGAGAAGUGCAGAAAAGAGGACUGUUGUCUGGGCAUAGAUGAGGCUGGCAGGGGCCCCGUGCUGGGCCCAAUGGUAUAUGGGAUCUGUUACUGCCCAGUAUCUUGUAAAAAGGACCUGGAGGAGUUAAAGGUAGCAGACUCCAAGACACUCAGUGAAGCAGAGAGGGAGCGUCUGUUUGAAAAAUUAAAUACUGCAACAGAUUUCAUUGGUUGGGCAUUACACAUAUUGUCCCCAAAUGUCAUCUCUACAAGCAUGCAGCAAAGGGCAAAAUACAACCUUAAUGCUUUAUCCCAUGAUACUGCCAUUGGACUGAUCCAGUAUGCUCUAGAUGCUGGUGUUCAGCUGACUGAGGUUUUUGUGGACACUGUGGGUCCUGCAGAGAAAUACCAGGCAAAGUUAAAGCAAAAGUUUCCUGAGCUGGAAGUCACUGUAAGACCCAAAGCUGAUUCUCUGUUUCCUGUUGUUAGUGCAGCAAGUAUAUGUGCAAAGGUAGCAAGGGAUCAAGUGGUUAAAGAUUGGAAAUUCUUAGAGGAUUUGGGUGAAAUUGAUGCAAACUAUGGUUCUGGCUACCCAAAUGAUCCCAAGACGAAGGAGUGGCUUGCCAAACACUUGGAUCCUGUGUUUGGAUACCCACAGUUUGUGAGGUUCAGCUGGAGCACAGCACAGAGUAUCCUGGAAAGCAAAGCGGCCCCAGUUCUCUGGGCUGAUGAGGAUGAUGAUGCAGACGGUGCAGCUGGUAAAUCUACCCCAUCCGUCAAGUCCUUUUUUGUGCAAAAGGAGGUGUCUCAGCCUCGAAUCCACAGGUUUUUUCAGGAAAGACAACUGGAGCCAUUGGUGGAUUUAUAAGGAAAUAAAAAUGUCACUGAGACAUUUAAUAUCAAUAAUACUGAGAUGUAUUUGGAUCUACAGCACUUGGUAUAAAGCUCAGAUUUCAUAGGGACAGCUGUUUGUGUGCACCCUGCAUCUCAGCAUUGUAAGACAUUUACUCUAGCCCUGUGUAGAUAUAAUAACCAUUGUCCUAUGCACGUCCUGUAUAUCUGAGAUGACAUUUCUGAGAGUGUAAUAAAGAUGUAUGCUGGUCUUAUAUUUCAACAAUGUGACAUUUGAAAGGACUUUGUGCUCACAAUUUUUGAGCUGUGUUCUGAAUAAAAAAAAGUUUUUUUCAAAUUUUGUAAAUUUUAUAUCUUGCAAAUGAGGUAGCAUAUCUUGUUGCUAUGACCCAUUGUAAUGCCAGGACAAACACUGGCUCACAGAGAUGUGAGUGAUGUGCAUCUUGUGUUACGUGUGAUGUUUAUACUUUGCCUAGUGGUCUUUGACAUUGAUAGCCCUAUUAAAAUAAACACAAUUGUUAAUAAAUAUGAUUGCAAAAUA